AUGGGGCCACGAGAUCGCAACGAAGAAGCUUCUGCCUCCCUUUUAGAGUCUCAAAAUGAUGCAAACGUUGACUCCCUGUUCAACAAGGUCCGAGCCAUAAAAGGCGUCUCAAUGUCCAUACACGACGACGUCAGAUCCCAAAACACACUACUCGACGGCCUAACAGGCUCAAUGGACAAUGUACAAUCAAGACUCAAAUCAACAUUCAACCGAGUCACCAUCAUGAUGAAGAAACCUCAUAACAGAAACUUUUGCUGGAUGGUCGCUGGAAUGGUGUUUGUCUUUUUCGUGCUGUAUUGGAUGGCGUCCCGAAGGGGGAAGGAGAUACCUGAUCAGUAA